AGAAGUUACGGAGAAAGUCCCCCAGGACUCUCUUCUUUCUUCUCGGUGACUCGCCAGCUAGAAAUCCCUCAGAAUGGGUGACUGGAGUGCUUUGGGAAGACUCCUGGACAAGGUGCAGGCUUACUCCACGGCCGGUGGGAAGGUCUGGCUCUCGGUUCUCUUUAUCUUCCGUAUUCUGGUACUGGGGACAGCCGUGGAGUCAGCCUGGGGUGAUGAGCAGUCUGCCUUUAAGUGCAACACCCAACAGCCUGGUUGUGAGAACGUCUGCUACGACAAAUCCUUUCCGAUUUCACAUGUGCGCUUCUGGGUGCUGCAGAUCAUAUUCGUUUCCACACCAACACUCCUUUACUUGGCCCAUGUGUUUUACCUCAUGCGGAAGGAGCAGAAGCUCAAUCGCAAAGAAGAAGAGUUGAAGGCAGUGCAAAAUGAUGGAGGUGAUGUGGAGGUCCCCCUGAAGAAAAUUGAGCUGAAAAAGCUCAAAUAUGGCUUGGAGGAACACGGCAAAGUGAAGAUGAAGGGCGCCCUCUUGCGAACCUACAUUGUCAGCAUCUUCUUCAAAUCUAUCUUUGAGGUGGGUUUCCUGGUGAUCCAGUGGUACAUGUAUGGCUUCAGCCUAAAUGCUGUCUAUACAUGCGAGCGUUCACCAUGUCCACACAGGGUAGACUGUUUCCUCUCCCGACCCACUGAGAAGACGGUUUUCAUCAUCUUCAUGCUGGUCGUCUCUUUGGUGUCUCUGCUGCUCAAUGUCAUUGAGCUCUUCUACGUGUCCUUCAAAAGGAUCAAAGACCGUGUGAAGGGCAAACAGAAUCAGUACCCCCUUGGCGGCACCUUGAGCCCCACGCCCAAGGAGCUGUCAACCUCCAAAUAUGCCUACUACAAUGGCUGCUCCUCCCCCACUGCCCCCCUGUCUCCCAUGUCACCACCAGGCUACAAGCUUGCCACUGGCGAGCGGACCAACUCUUGCCGUAACUACAACAAGCAGGCCAAUGAGCAGAACUGGGCCAACUACAGCACAGAGCAGAACCGACUAGGCCAAAACGGUAGCACCAUCUCCAACUCUCACGCGCAGGCCUUUGACUACCCUGAUGACACACAUGAGCACAAGAAACUAACGGCAGGUCACGAGCUGCAGCCCCUAGCCUUGAUGGACCCGCGGCCAUGCAGUCGGGCCAGCAGUCGCAUCAGCAGCAGGGCACGGCCUGACGACCUGGACGUCUAGUCGUGCCUGUUAGCAUGAGGCUGCUAUGCCAGGGAAGAGACAAAGAGCCCAUGGGGAGGCAGUAAGCAGUGUUGAAGGGGUUGGAGAACACCCUGUACACUGUCCUCAUGCUAGACUGUAGUUGAUACAGACACAUAAAAUUACUCACCCUGCUGGAGGUACUAUCCAUUAAUGAUGAUGUUUCUGAAACUAGUGGA